ACUCCUCAUAUUUUCAUCUUCUACUGCCACAACCACCAUCACCACCACUGCCACUAGCAGCAGCUGAACAACAUGGCCACCGUGACUACACAAGCUUCCGCCGCUAUUUUCCGGCCAUGUGCUUCUAGGUCGAGGUUUCUUACCGGCUCUUCUGGUAAACUGAACAGGGAAGUAGCUUUUAGGCCAAUGGGGUGUCCUCCUUCUACUUCUUUCAAGGUAGAAGCUAAAAAAGGAGAGUGGUUACCUGGCUUGGCCUCCCCAAAUUACCUCAAUGGCAGUCUUCCUGGUGACAAUGGGUUUGAUCCUCUGGCACUAGCUGAAGACCCAGAGAACCUGAAGUGGUUUGUUCAAGCAGAGCUUGUGAACGGACGAUGGGCCAUGUUGGGUGUUGCAGGGAUGUUGCUUCCUGAGGUACUCACCAACAUUGGACUCAUCAAUGUCCCCAAAUGGUAUGAUGCUGGGAAAGCAGAGUACUUUGCUUCAUCCUCAACCCUCUUUGUGAUUGAGUUCAUCCUGUUCCACUAUGUGGAGAUUAGAAGAUGGCAGGACAUUAAGAACCCUGGCAGUGUCAACCAAGACCCCAUCUUCAAGCAAUACAGCUUGCCCCCAAAUGAAGUUGGCUACCCUGGUGGCAUUUUCAACCCCUUGAACUUUGCACCAACUGAAGAGGCCAAAGAAAAGGAACUUGCCAAUGGGAGAUUGGCAAUGUUGGCAUUCUUGGGAUUUAUUGUUCAACACAACGUGACAGGGAAAGGGCCAUUUGAUAACCUCUUGCAGCACCUCUCUGAUCCAUGGCACAACACCAUUGUCCAAACACUGAGUGGCAACUAAUUAAGAGUUUGUAUCCUGUUAUGACAUGAAAGCUUGUGUGUCCUACUCGUGUAAUCCAGAAUGGGUGAAUUUUUUGGGAGAGAUUUGGGCACGAUUGUUAUGUUCCAUCCAUCUAUUUUCAUGUACAGAGGAACUAAGAUGGUUUUAUAUAAUGUUCUUUAGAUUCAAUCC